UGCUUAAACUGUGCACUUGUCCUGAUUUUGAGACUGAAGACUCCGAAAACUACAAGUAAGUGCAAUAAUAUGUGCAAUAUAUAUGCAUGUAUGUAUACAGAUUAUACUUACAAUUUUAUUGGCGAUGUUCUUGGUAAUAUGUUUUUCAUUGGGAUACGAGCUGGGUAUCACCAUGCAGCUGACGAGAUUUUAGUUACGUUUUGUAUUUGAAUAAUAUUUACGAUUAUAUAUACCUGACCAUUCGUACAAUGCUUUGAACUUUCAUCCGAUCUAGAUAUGAAGCUAUUGUUGGUUUGUUUGUGUGGAAUAGUCCUAUUGGUAAGUGACGUGGUGACAUACAUCACUCAUGAUUGUAUUUUAUAUUUUAUCAAUCGGAAUAUACCUAGUAAACAACAAACUCAUUCAUCCAAAUCACCUAUUUCGAUUAACCUAUAAAUAUUCCCCUCCAACUCGACCACGCAGUCGCUCGUCACAGCUAACAAACUACCUGCAACUAACAAAGUAACAAACUGAUGCGAUUGAUUUCAUGGUUUUAACAAUUUUUUCUAACAUUGCAAUUUAGGCGUUUUGCCAAGCGCAAGGUCUCGAAUUCAAAAGAACUGCUGAGGUAUGAUAUAAAAACAAUAAUAUAUUGCAUGUUUCGUUUUAUUUUUCUUAGCUCGUCCAAUCAGAUUCAGUUAGUUAAAUAUUUUAAAAUGUCUCUUUUUCAAAAAUAUUUUCACAAUGUCCUGCUGCGCAUGAUUAUAGACCCUAAGUUCCAUGAGGUUCACCUCUAGUUAUUUUCUUUGCUGUGGGACUUGGAGGAUGUCAUAAGUCGAUCACAAUCAUAAAGAACGGACAGGGACGUACCUAACGAUAUUUGGUUAGGGGGGGGGUUGAACUCAAAAACUUCGUUUUGGGAGCACUCUCAAAAAAAUGUUUCAGGAAAGCAAAAAAUUUUCCGGAAAUUGUUAGCGGGGGAGGGGGGGGGGGGUCGUAGGGGUAGGUGGACGGCUUUUUGCCAAAAAAAACGUCGCAAAAGAUUUUCCAAUUAUUUAACACGUUCCGCAAUUUCAGCAUUCCGGGCCCCUCUGAGGAAGUUGGGUACCCUUUCAGUGACGUUUCUUUGGGGCUGUUACAUCCCCACACUCCACACUCCCAGUAGUUUCGGCCCUAAGAACGAAACCAAUCUAGAAACAGUGUCAUGAAAAUAAUAUAUAUUUAGUUGCGCAUAUAUGGCCAAAUUUCUAAUAUUUUCUUUUUAAUUUCUAUUGUUUAAAAAGUAAAUUUCCAGAAUAUCUUAAGGGUCGACCGAAAGAGUCAAGAUUAUAGACAUAUACUGUAUAGACGGGUGUCUUUAUUAAUUAUAAUAUGCAAUAGUCAUGAACACAUUUUUAUCAAUUGCGUCCAUGGGAAGCUGCAAUCGACGCGGUAUGUUUAUUUCUUUUGUUUAAAAUUUUUUAGACUGGAAAUAUUAACCGUUUUGAGACGACCGAUUUGGAAAGCGAUGAUGAGACUCAGGUGAAACGAUCGCCUUUUUGGUUUGGCAGACGGUGGAGAUCGCGACGUGUGAGACCUACGAAGCGACCUAUUCCGUGGUCUGCCGGUCCAUGUAAGCCACCGUGACUAUUUUAUACUACGCCAAAUUUUCUAGUUGUUCAAGAAAAUUUAGAUCAUUGCCAGGUCUAACCAAACUAAGCACAUCGUUUGAAAAUAAUUUAUUUAAUGAAGUGAUGCAUGGUGCCUAAAAGGCAAGAAAAAAUAAAAGAUUCUCAUUCCUGCCAAGAAAAUUUUUUAUUAAGGAACAGUUCAGCCUUUUGAUGGUUUUAAGGCGCAUUAUAACUCUUUUAACGAAAAAAACUACCUAGGAAAAUCAACUAAGCUUAAUUCAAAAUCAGUGAACUCGAUGUUUUUAACAUUAGAAAUGUUAAAAAAUGUUAAAAACAUUGAGUUCACUGAUCUUGAAUUAUGCCAACCUCGUACGUACACAGAGUCUUUCCUUCUGACGAGGGCUGAAAAGACCCUGGUAGACGCUGGUCACGUGAUCUGCCAAAAUCUAGCAGACUUUUAAUUAGCAAUCCAAGAUGAGGUCAAUAAAUAUUUGAAAUUUGGAUGAUUUUUAUAGUUUAAUUUAUAAUUUGCAUUUUGCAGAUUGUCGUAAAGGAAUCCAAGAUAGAUAAUGCAAAAUCUGCUAGAUUUUAGCAGUGACCAGCGUUUACCAGAGUAUUUUUUCCCAAGAGGAAAGAUCCUGGGGCGAGGUUGAAAUUAUGCUUAUAUAAUUGACUUUCUUAAUUAGUUUUUUCAAUUAAAAACCAUGAUUCAAAAGGCUGAACUGUGACCUUAAGCGAACAAUUUUGAUACUGCGAAAUGAUUUUCUACCAUUUUCAAAUUGAGAAUGAAAUUUUUCUAGCAGUGGUGUAGUGGGUGGGGGGGGGGGGGGGCUCAGUGGGGCUGAGCCCCUCUUGUUAAAAUUUCAUGUUGACUUGGGGGGUUGAGCCCCCUUCCCCAAUAUUUUUUGCACGUUGCAUAAUCGUAACAACAAACGAGAAUGUUCUCUAGAAUUGCAUUCAUUUUCAUUCAUCAUUUAACACGAUAAUAUUUUGUGUAAUCUUUACUCAGUAAUGACGUUGUUCAUGCGCCAUAGCAAAAGUACCGAUCCUGUUUUCUCUGAUUUAAACUCUGUCCAGAGCAUUUUCACUUGAGUGUUUUGAGUUUUGUUGAUUUUAUAUAGAGGAGGCUACAGCAGCUAUUAAAGAGCUUUCCCGAAGAUAUUUCAAAAUAUAUGUUACAGUUAAUAAAUAUUAGGCUGUUAGCAAUUAUGGAAGUCGCAAUUGUUUUUAAUGAGAAUAAUUUGGAAUGUUUGUCCCACAAUUACUAAAAUAAACCCGAACAAAAUUAGAAUUUCCAAAAUAUCAUAUUGUCUCCCCCCCCCCUCGUUAAUUCGUGACACUUUUGGAGAGCCCCCCUUGUUAAUAUUCCAGGACCAUAUCACUGUUUUCUAGCUAAUUAUAGAAGAAACUCUGAAAACUAAGUUUUUACUACUGGAUGAUUGCUUCAUUAUGCUAAAAGUUAGAUUGUCUUCAUCGUGUACAAGCCUGUAUAAACAUGGACAGAAAGAUUGGAAGAAAAACUUAGAAACGUUUCCUGACCAUCUCAUGAUUGACGAUGGUGGAAAUCAAAACGUUUAGUGAUUUUAAAAAUUAUUUAUUUAUUUUCAAAAUAACUAUAUCGAUGCGCAAGGGCCAAACUUUGGUAUUACAACUGCGUGGAGCUAGGGGUGUUUCUUUUGCAAAGGUGUAGCUCAAUUCCAUCGUUCAAUAUUUUCAAAAUGCCUUUCGAUGAGGGGAUGGGAGUCUCCCAAUCAUAAAAGUUCCUGAUAAAAAUGUUUGUUCCUGUUUAAAAAACCUUUAAAAAACGUCAUUCGUUUACUACAAUAUAUUUUUUCUAACGCAAGAAUAAUGAAAUCGUCCGGUUAUUUCAACAUUGGCUGAACGAAAUCGUAUUGAUUUGACCCAAAAUAUGACGUCACCCCCUCCACACCCCUCCGGUAGUUUUGCCCCAGCCAACGUCAUAUCUAUAGGUUUACCACAGAGGGGCAGGGGCAGAAUAUUGAAAACUACGAGAAUAUAUAUUCAGGUUAUUUUACAACAAUCCUCCAUAAAAAGUCGAGCAAACUUUCAACUGCGCCCCCCCCCCCGCCCUCCCCCGGAAAGCAUCAGCUCUGUACGCCAAUGCUGGUAUCUGCCAACGUUCUAAAAGUUACACCCUGAUGACACUUUUUGUUACAAGUUGCCAACUGGUAGUUUCCUAAAUCUUAAACUUUGGUAAACAAAACUGUAUAUUUUGCCACCUCUGAUGUUGGUUUAAUAGGAAAAAAUUUGAGAAUUUUAAAAUUUUGCCCAUUAAGGUAAUUCCGCAGUAAUUGUUCCCGAAAUGAGAAUGUGCUGAAACUUCCCAGGCAUGGAGUUUAUGAUAUACUUAAGUAAAAUCACAAAAAAAGUCGGGGUCACCGAAUUCGUUAAGAAGAUAUGACAAUCACAAUAUACAACCUUUACCCAAUAUGGCGCCAUCCUGACGCUCAUUACUCACAACAGCCCGACAUUUAUUGACGUUUUUAGCGCGGAUUUUGCUUUAGUAAACCUAUCUUGUAAUUAUUUUUGAAAAAUUAUUGUGUUUUGAGCAAAAUGAAACUACUAACGUGUACAAUUCUGAUCCACAAAUGUCUUUUCCACAUUUCUUUACAUAUCUUUCUUUGAGAACAUGCAUUGAUAAAGCAUUUUUUUUCAAGAUCCAGAAAUGAUUUUUCUUUUAAUUUCGGAUAUGAAAUGUAAAAUGCAUUAAAGAAAUAAAUUAUCAGUUAAAAAACGGGGGUCACCGAUCUUUUUAGGGAAUUGUGGCAUUAAAACGUGAAAUACAAGUAAAUAAAUAUACUACAGACACAGGGAACCCUAGCUACACUUUUGUAUGCCUUUUUUGAAAACAUUGAUUUUAACGUAAUUCUUUGCACGAAUGUAACUAAAUAUGUUUUGAAGUAACAUAAAAUUGUCAUAAAAUGAUAUUUUUUAAGGGUACGUAUAAUGGAUGAAAUUAUAAGUUAUAAGAUGUGCGCAGUAAACAUGUGCAAUGCAAAACUGUGUUGACAAAAAUGCAAAGUUUUCAGCUAUGUAAAGUCAAAAUCAGUGUUGCCAGCAUAUAUAGUCUUGUUCAUUAAUGCAUACAGGUAUGCUCUAAUGCCAGUUGUCAGCUUGUAACAGAAAAUGAGAUAAACAAAAUUUCAAUUGGUGCACAUUUUUAAUUCAUUACAAGUUUUGGCCGGCCAUCUACCACGUUGACUCUGCAACUAUAUAAAACUAAAAACUUUUUUAUUUCUGUUUAGGCCAAAGUGGAAACGUCAAAUCAAAAUAUUGCCAAAACGCUGCAAAGAACUGUUUUGGAACAGGCCAGGUUACAAACGUUCAAUUUAUCCGUUCAUUUAAGACAGUACCAAAGGUGAUGAUUGGUUUCACCCUUGUCGACACAAACAAAGAUCAGAAUGUGCGUGUUCGUGCUUCAGUUGAAGGCGUAACCCAGAAUGGAUUCAACAUUAGAUUCAAUCCAUGGGAUAAAUCUAUCACUUAUCAACUUGGUGUCAAUUGGAUGGCAUGUCCAUGAACAUGAGCAGGAACAACACGUGAACGAUAAUUAAACCUCAAUCCUAUUCAGCACCACUUUAAUUAAUAAUGUAUUGUUGUAUUUAGAGCAUGUAAAUUUGAAACUUUGCAGUUGUAAUUUGCAGUUGCAAGUUGUAGUUUGAAACUUUGAUCACGAAUACACUUGUUCACGCG